GAAGAGCAUUUUUUUCUGUUUUGUUUCUUAACUUUCUUUUUCUGCCGGCUUCCCAGCCCCAGCGGCUCAGAUUGACGCAAAACAUUUCUGGAGUUGCUUUCAAAAACUUUCUCGAAGUCGAUGGGUGGAUCUUGCUCACCUCCUUUCCUGCAAAUGUUUCAAGCAUCCAGGAGAGCUGAAGAUGAAGGACAGGCUGGAGGAACUGAGGAGACGCAUGUAUGAGAAUGGGGACUCUCUGGAGCUGGAGGACACCUUCUCCUUCGACAAUCCUGUUUUCCAAGAAGACGAGAGCAAUCCCAUGAGUAAGGUUCUCCAAGAAAUAAACAGCCUCUCCUUGGCUCUGGAGAAGUUGGAGCAGUCCUCUGAGAACAUUGCUAAGAAGCAGCAGCAAGUGCUUUGCUGCACCACCGAGGUGAGCAUUGGUGAGGAGAAAAAAGAGCUCAGCACCAUGAAGGACAUUUUCACCAGGGAGGCUAAGACUCUCCAGCCAAGGCUCAAUGACAUCCGGGAGACCCUGGCCAAGGACGGUGUUAAGAGUCCAGCCAUCAGCCGCAUUCGCUACAGCCAAUUCUCAGUGCUGGUCAACCGCUACCGUGAGAUCGUCACCCGCCAUUACGCCAAGGAAACCCACUAUGUGGAAAAGCUGAAGGAGCAGAUCCAGAGGCAGACAGAACUGGCAGGCUUGCAUCUCCAAGAAGAGGACAUCAAGCAACUAGUGGAGAGCCCUACGAUGCCGCGCAUCGUUGGCCAAGACCUGGAAGUGCUCAAAGCCAAGCAGCACCUCGCCAUGGCCCAGGUGCGCCACCAGCAGCUGCUGGAUUUGGAGGCCCAGAUCAGUGAGCUCCAUUCCCUCUUCUUGCACUUGGAGAUCCUGGUUUUGGAACAACAGGAGGUCCUCGACAGUAUCGAGUACAACAUCCUGCACACCACCGAUUACAUUUCCCAGUCCAACGAGGAGGUCAAGAAAGCCAUCAAAUAUGAGCGCCAUUCCCGGUUGUCUGCCCUCUUGUCAGCGCUCCUAGGCCUUUGUGCCUGUUGUACAUGCCUAUCGUGCAUGGCAACUCCAAGUGUGUUGCGCUGAACAAAAACAACAACAACAACACCAGGACAGAGCUGUUUCUUUCAAGGAAAAAGAGAAACCCCUUGAUGACCAAGACCAUCAUGGAACAUUGGAUGGACCUCUGAGAAGAAAUCAGAUAAAGUGGGGGCUGAUGGGGGCUUCCAAAAAGCCAGUCUGGUCUUGAGUUGAGUGGAACGCUUUGCUUUAUUUUUGCCAAGCAGAAGAAAGGACUUAUUGAAAUAGGACAUGGGUUUCUUGCAGAGCUCAGCUCCAUUUUUGUUUCUAGCAGCCCAUGAGUGCUUCUGGACUACAGGUAUGCAAGCUCUCAUGGUCCCCAUGCUCUAGUUGUAGGUUUUGACUACUAGGAUUCAACUGCCUUCUACACCAGGAGAUUCUGUUUGGCUCCACCUGGUGAACCGUAUCGAACGGAUCGGUUCUUCUUGUCUUCUGUUGAGGUUCAUCCCUCGGUCAUUAGGGCAAUGAAAAAGCUGUUGUCACAUCAGUUCCUGGGUCGUUCCCUUGAGCCGCCAGCGAGAAGCCCGGAUUUAUGGAUGAAGGACUUUUGACGUUCCUGGAUAGGUGACAAUCAUGAGAGCUCAGACGCUCUCUCCGAUCUUUGAUGCUUUUGUGUGUUUUAAAAAUAAGACCUUGUUUUUUUCAAGAGGCUCGGGAUUGACAGAAGCUGCUUCAGGAGGUGCAAUUCAGGCAAAACACAGUUCAUGAGGUCUAAAGGCUUCAGCAAAAUUUUACAAGGGCUGGUUUUAGCAGAUGGCGAAGAACACCCAAGAAGUAAGAAAAUAUACUGAGCUGCAAAACAGGUUCUGUGGCAAACAGCGCUUAUUUCUGACUUCCCUGAAACGCUGAAGUACUUUUAAAAUAUAUUAAAGUCAAACAAUAUAUUUGCAAUCCUGGUUCCCCUUU